AUGAAACCAUCAAUCACCUUACUGUCGUCAAUCCUUGCUGUCUGUUCAGUUACUACAGCUAGUCCAGUUGAUCCCAGUUCGACCAUGAGUGCUGAAGCUAGCACUUUGACAGCCUCCCCAAGCGCAACUGCAAGUACCGAGUCUAGCAUUUUGACAUUUACUGAUGUAAACUUGGAUUUAGAAUUGGUUGAUUGUGGUACACUUUCAAAGAAAUCCAAGAAGUUGAUCAAAAAUUACGCAACAACGAAACGUGGUGUCAAAACAACAAGGGAAAUGUGCAAAUCGAUAUCAGAAUCGAUUUCUGUCGAGAAAAAGUUGAAAAAACAGCUGGUUAAACGUGUCGAUUCUCUAAAAGAUGGAGAUUUGGCAGGAGAUAAUGGUUUAACCUAUGCUGAAACUGUCGCUAAGCUUCAAGAAACACGUAAAAAUCUUUUAGAUCUCAAACAACAGGAGCGAAAAUGCGAUAAAGAAUUUUCCGACUGGCGCAAGAAUAUGCGUCUGGCCGAAAAAGGACUCGAGAAAUACUUUAUUUGGGAUUCUGAAAUUUCUUGCUUGAUCAGUUUAUACACGAUAGUUCAUUAUCAGAAUCCGACCAUGUUUUUACUAGUGAAAUUACACGAUUCAUUACAACAAAGUUCUGAUGAUCAGCCUACAUAUGAGGAAACGUCUAUAGCUCAUCACACUCAAACACCCUCUAGUACUCCAUCUAAAUUACAGAAAGUCUGUUCCAGAAUCAAAAGUAGUAUCGGAUCACGCUGGAGUCAACACACAGAUGAUGAUCGCGAACCAUUAGUUUGA